CCUAGAACAGAGAGGAUGUGGCGGGUAUAAAAGCCCCACCCAGGCCAUCCGGCUCCGUUCGGCAAUUGGGGACGCUCGCAGCUCUCGGCGCCCGGCCCAGUUUCCUUCAAAAUGUCUACUGUUCACGAAAUCCUGUGCAAGCUCAGCUUGGAGGGUGAUCAAUCUACACCUGCAAGCGCCUAUGGGUCCGUCAAAGCCUACACCAACUUCGAUGCCGAGCGGGAUGCUCUGAACAUCGAGACGGCCAUCAAGACCAAAGGUGUGGAUGAGGUCACCAUCGUCAACAUUUUGACUAACCGCAGCAAUGCACAGAGGCAGGAUAUCGCCUUCGCCUACCAGAGAAGGACCAAAAAGGAACUUGCAUCAGCACUGAAAUCAGCCUUAUCUGGCCACCUGGAGACUGUGAUUUUGGGCCUAUUGAAGACACCUGCUCAGUAUGAUGCUUCGGAGCUGAAAGCUUCCAUGAAGGGGCUGGGAACUGACGAGGACUCUCUCAUCGAGAUCAUCUGCUCAAGAACCAACCAGGAGCUCCAGGAAAUUAACAGAGUCUACAAGGAAAUGUACAAGACUGAUCUGGAGAAGGACAUUGUCUCCGACACUUCUGGUGACUUCCGCAAGCUGAUGGUUGCCCUCGCAAAGGGUAGAAGAGCAGAGGAUGGCUCUGUCAUUGAUUACGAACUGAUUGACCAAGAUGCCCGGGAUCUCUAUGAUGCUGGAGUGAAGAGGAAAGGAACCGAUGUUCCCAAGUGGAUCAGCAUCAUGACUGAGCGGAGUGUGUGCCAUCUCCAGAAAGUAUUUGAUAGGUAUAAGAGCUACAGCCCUUAUGACAUGUUGGAGAGCAUCAAGAAGGAGGUCAAAGGAGACCUGGAAAAUGCUUUCCUGAACUUGGUUCAGUGCAUUCAGAACAAGCCCCUGUACUUUGCUGAUCGGCUGUACGACUCCAUGAAGGGCAAAGGGACUCGUGAUAAGGUUCUGAUUAGAAUCAUGGUGUCCCGCAGUGAAGUGGACAUGUUGAAAAUUAGGUCUGAAUUCAAGAGAAAGUACGGCAAGUCCCUGUACUACUACAUCCAGCAAGACACCAAGGGCGACUACCAGAAGGCACUGCUGUACCUGUGCGGUGGAGAUGACUGAAGCGCGGCAGGGUGAAGCGCCCAGAAACGGCGUCCCCUGUGCUCCCACCUAACCUUCUAGAGGAUCAGCUUGCGACUAACAGACCCGUCUCCUCCCUGUGAAGAUAAUGUCUGCCUUGCCCCCGCCCCCUUACUUUAGUUGCCUAAGCGUUGCCUGGCUUUCCCACCCAUCCUCUCCUUUAAGCCAAAGAAAAGAACAUUCCAAGGAUUUGGAAGUGAAGUCUAUGAUGUGAAACACUUUGCCACUUGUGUAUUGUGUCGUGAAUAAACCGAGUUUUUACUUUAGAAACAAA